AUGUAUCGUUUGUCAGCCCAAAAGCCUCCCAGCAGAGUAAAGACCCUCAGGUGCUUGGAAUGUGGGAAGAGCUUCAAGAACAGCUCCCACCUGAUCCGACACCAGCAGAUGCACACUGGGGCACGUCCCUACACGUGUGGGGAAUGUGGGAAGAGCUUCAACCAGAGCUCCCACCUGUUCAAACACCAGUGCGUCCACACUGGGGAAUGGCCCUACAAAUGUGGGGAAUGUGGGAAGAGCUUCAGUGACAGCUUCAGCCUGAUCCGACACCUGCACAUCCACACUGGGGAACGGCCCUACACGUGUGAGGAAUGUGGGAAGAGCUUCAGGGACAGCUGCAGCCUCCGCACCCACCAGCUCAUCCACACUAGGGAACGGCCCUACCUCUGUCAGAAAUGUGGGAAGAGCUUUAGGAAGAGCUCCAGCCUGAUCCAACACCAGCACAUCCACACUGGGGAAAGUCCCUACCUCUGUGAGGAAUGUGGGAAGAGCUUUAGGAACAGCUCCAACCUCAUCACCCACAAGCGCAUCCACACUGGUGAACGGCCCUACAAGUGCUUGGAAUGUGGGAAGAGGUUUCAGACCAGCUCAAGUCUCCUCAGACAUGAGCGGACGCACAGGGAUGAGAGGCCCUUCCGCUGCACCGACUGCGGGAAGGGCUUCAACCGGAACUCCCACCUCAUCACCCACCGGCGCAUCCACAGCGGUGAGAGGCCCUACAAGUGUGGGGAGUGUGGGAAGACCUUCCCCCACAGCUCUACCUUGACCAAACACCAACGGACCCACCGGUAAGAGAAGCCCUACCAGUGCCCCGACUGCGGGAAGAGCUUCGGCCGCUGCUUCCACCCCGAAUGAAGCCCCUGAUGGUGAGGCAACCCCUGGAGUCCAGUGACUGUCAGUCCAUCCCUUUCGACCACAAA